AUGUCCCUCUGUAAUGACAGCCUGCCAGAGGACUGUGUCUUCAUGGACCCGGGAAGCCCUGUGGUCCCAGAUGACAUCAUGCCCCCCUCAGACACUGGGACCCCUCUCAUAUCUGUGACACUGCGGGUCACACUGGCGGCCAUCAUGAUCUUUAUGAUUACCAUUGGUUUCCUUGGCAACGCUGUGGUGUGUCUCAUUGUUUACCAGAAACCUGCCAUGCGCUCGGCCAUCAACCUCCUCCUGGCCACUCUGGCGUUCUCUGACAUCAUGCUGUCUCUUCUGUGCAUGCCUUUCACUGCUGUCACCGUGGCGACGUCGGACUGGACAUUUGGCAGCACCUUCUGUCGCGCUUCGAUCAUGCUUUACUGGUUGUUUGUACUGGAAGGAGUGUCCAUACUUCUCAUCAUCAGUGUGGACAGAUUCCUUAUCAUAGUGCAGCGCCAGGACAAGCUGACUCCAUACAGGGCUAAAGUGUUGAUCGCAGGCUCAUGGAUGCUCAGUCUAUGUAUUUCCCUGCCGUCAGUGGUGGGAUGGAGGACAGGUGCGGCAGGUAUCGGAAGCACCUGGGCACCUCAGUGUGUCCUGGGAUACAGCGAGUCUCUGGCAGAUCGCGGAUACACCAUCCUCUUAGCAGUAGCAGUUUUCUUUGUGCCAUUUACAGUCAUGCUCUACUCAUACAUGUGCAUACUCAACACAGUGCGACGCAAUACGCUUCGCAUUCACAACCACACUAAUGAACAUUCAUGUCUACCAGCCCUCAACCAAAUCAGCAAAAUGAGGAUUAGUGGACUGCAGCGCCCCCCACAGAUCAAAGUGGACAUGAGCUUCAAGACAAGAGCAUUCACUACAAUUCUCAUCCUGUUUGUGGGCUUCUCUGUGUGCUGGUUGCCCCAUACUAUUGUAAGCCUGCUUGGAGUUUUCAGCCAUCAGUUUUAUUACAGCUCAGUAUUUUACCCCAUCAGUAUAGGGGCCCUGUGGCUCAGUUACCUCAAGACAGUGUUUAACCCAGUCAUUUACUGCUGGAGGAUCCGGAAGUUCAGGGAGGCCUGUCAGGAGUUUUUCCCCAAAAGCUGCAGGUUGUGUCCCAGGGUGCCGGGUCGGAGCCAUAGGAGAGUCAGACCCAGCAAUAUCUAUGUCUGUAGUGAAAGCCAGUCUUCUGUGUGA